UGCUGUUGGACGAGGAGCUGUAGACAUAUAAUUAUUUAGUUGUCAGCGAGAGCGCUCAUAAAGCGCUAUGUAGCAUAUGUGAAGCAGCUGUGAAAAGACGGACACGUUUGGGAAGAAUCUGAAUCAAGUUUGACGCUCUCUCUAUCUUCUUGACUCCCAUCUUCUAGCCUCGUUGGGAUUAAAACCAAGGUAAAAACAUCUAAAACCAACGAUUUUAAAACCAAUUCGGAUCGCAAAAAAAAAUGUCAGCAAGGCAAAAUAAAAAGCGCAAAGGCCGAAACAACGUCAAUAACCGCGAACGAACGGUCACCACGUUUACAGAGGAUCCAAACACUUCUUUCCUAGUACCACUACCAAGCGAAGAACCUGCUCUCUCUUCACCUUUCUCUGUUGCUUCUACAUCUGCUACCAACAACCCAAACAAUAACUUUCAGAAUUUCGGCAUGUCCUAUAAUUUCCAUGCGCACGGACCCAACAGUCAGCCGCAGCAGGGCCAACAACAGCAACAACAGCAGCAACAGCAACAGCAACAGCAACAGUUCUUUUCUCCGCAAGUCAUCCUACCUCCAGGCAAAAACGAUCUUGAAGUACUAGAAAAUUUAAAAUCUAUCAUCAAGGAAGGUCAGCACGAGUUCUAUCGUGCAAUUCCUCAGCCGGCUGCUCUCGCUAGCCUCUACUUGGGCCCAACCUCUUCUCAGGUUCUGCCACAUCCAGAACAGCUUCCUGCGGAUUAUUACAACCAGUCUGGUUACGAUAACUCUUCUGACGACCAAAUCCCUCCUUACUCUUCAGAUUCCGCAAGAAGGCCCCCGGAUCCACCCGCAGUCAAGAAAUCGUCAUCGACAGCUAAUAAUCCAGACCCUACUCCCCCACCUGGAGGUCCCAAACCUGGAAAAAAGGUUGAAGCUCCACCCCAGAAACCCGAAAGCAAGAUGUCAACGGGUCCAGAUAAUGCCGACGUUAAUCCCCGAGAUGGUGCUCUUUCAGGCGAUCAUCGCGACAGUUCAAAAAUUGAGACAUCUCGUCCUCUUGGUGACCGUCCUGGUGAGUAUACCACUCGUCCUUCCGUCGACUCUUCAGCACCAAAGUCCACCUACGAUGGUAAAGACGAUAUUAAACGAGAUACUUUUCGUGAUUCCCCAUUGGACGACAGAAGGGUCCGAUUUGAUGCAGAACGCCGUCCUCUCGAUAGCCGCCCUAACGGUAAUGACCCUCGACCGCCUCCAAGGGAUCAAGCAUUCCUUGAUAAAGAAAGAGACAGAGAACGUGAAAGAGAGCGUGAAAGAGAACGUGAAUGGGGACGUGAUCGUGACAGAGACCGUCCUCAAUACGGUGGUCGUUCCUAUGGACGCAGUCAUGCUCCUAGACCUCCCCCAGAACAACGCCAUUAUGAGCCCCGAUAUCCAUUUGACAACAUCCCUCCUCGCCGCUAUGAUUCAAAAGACGAUUUGGAUGUAGACAAGCGCCCUCCCCUGCGUCCUGACGAUCGCGGUCCACGUCCAUCUCUCGAUGAUAGGCGGCCGCCUGUUGAUGACCGUGAAUCCCGUGGUAUGGUGGUUGAUGACCGCGAUCGUCCUAGUCGAGUCACCCUUGACGAUCGUCCAACGAGAGUCUCUGGCUCAGUCCAUAGUUCUGAAGAUCGUACUGUUCGACCUCCGCUUUCACCCGAUGACAGUCACCGCAUGGCUGAUGACAGACCUACUCGCCUUCCUCUUGCCGAUGUGGCACGUGCAGCGGAUGUUGAUCGUCCUCGACCUCUUGAAGAGAGAAUAUCUCAACAAUCAGUUCCUUCCCUCCAAGAACGUCUCAGCCAGCCUGGGGCUCCAAGAGUGGAAAACCGUGUCACCCACCAACCGAGUUUGGAGGAGCGCUUGUCAAAUGCACCUAUUGCUUCUGAUCGGCCUCUUCCGGAUGCCCGUACUAGUCCUGUAGAAUCAUCACGUGUACUGCCUUUGAGCGAUCGUCCUGCUGCUCCUGCUGACGUCCGUCCUCGUCCACCUGUCAACGAUAACUUCGCACGCCCAGCAACUCCUCCCCCUCGUUCCAGUGGUUAUGUGGCACCACCUCGGGCGGCAUCUGUCGCUCGGGAUGACCUCCGUGGACCCAAAGAUUCACCACCAGUUGUUCGUGAUGCGCGCGAUCUCCGUGCAAGGGAUCUCUCACGGGAGAGAUCAGAUGUAAGACCACCUUACCGCUCGGACCUUGACAGAGGGUUCAGUGAUGACAGGCGUCCUGAUGCUAUGGAUUCUCGCCGCUACAGUCCACCACCUCCUUCGGACGUUCGAGGCAGGAGUUACUACCCUCCACGGUCACCACCUCGGGCGGACGUACCAUUCGAGGCUGAUUCUGACCGAAGGUUUGCGACUGCUGAUCAGCGAGACUCAAUCGAUAGGCGGCGUGACUGGUAUGGAGCUGCCGAUGAUGACAAGUCUCGUCCGCCUGUAUGGAGACCCUAUGAUAGAGAGCCUCAGAGAGAACGGUAUGACCGCGAUGCGCCACCUCCCAGAAGUUCUGGGUGGGAAGGACGUGACCCGGAACGGAGAGCACCGUUUUCCAGUUCCCCAGUCCGCCCUAUUGAUUCUUCCCGUCCACUGAGCUCGCGCCUUGGAGAUGGAUACCUGCCCCCCGUAGACGACCGUUCGUAUCCACCGCGAGACUUUGACCGUCCCCGCUACACAGGUCCAGAUAAUGACCCUCCCUUCGUCCGUGGCGUCCGUCCGCGCAGCCCGAGUCCGCCAAGAAGAGGUGGCGGCGAACAGUUCUCUUGACGAUAUCCGACCACCUCUCAAACGGGCACGCGAGGACCCGCCAUAUAGCGGUGGUGGUGGGUACUACUCGCCUCGCAGACCGUCGAUGGGUGAUUACCCACCUCGUGCUGCUGUGACGCCGC